UACAUUUUGUGAUAAGGACAAUUAUAGAAUCAAGUUUGGAAACUAGGAUCAAAUUUAGACAAUUAUCGGUAGUUUAUUCUAUUCAAGUCUCGACUACAACUCGGCUGGUUUCCCUCAUUUACUGGCAUAUUCGGUCACGUGACCAGCUCGGGUUAAAAGAACUUUCAUGUGCGGCGUUCUGUAGGCGCUACUGCCAUCUACUGACCAUGUGGGCUCAUUACACACUGAAUAUUUAUUGAUAAAACGUGGAGGACACCGAUGUUGGGUUAAAGACAACGUGAAUUCGAAGGUAUUACUCUGCUCUGAAACAUCCACCAUGCGCCACAAGCGCUGCCGAGACCCCAGACGUUGGUUCAACACCCUAAAUCUGAGCGCAUCUUUAGAAAUUCUCCCAAAUGACAUUAGUACUUAUUGAAUCUCUGUCGCGUCCAAUAGACAACAGCCAAUUCCUGUAAAAAAAUGUGCGCUAAUUACCGCUAAAAUAAGGGAUUAAAAAUGGAGAACAACCUGGAGUCAGGUUGAACUGUAUGUCUCACCGUCACAGAGCAGUAAAUAUGGAGGUGCACAGGAUCCCGGGGAGCCAGAGGAGAGAAGGCAGAGAACCACUCAUGGGCCUGUCCAACCUUACAAGAUCUUGAGUAAAGAGUCGGCCAUCGUUCUGACAUCCAGCUCUUUGAACCAGCUUCUCCUGAAAGCUGGUGACUCUGAUGAGAAGGAGAUCGAAGCUGCCAAGAAGGUUCGGCAGAUUAAAGAUGAAAAAAAGAAGGUCGCUGAAAGAGUGAAGCUGCAGAUGAUGGAGCAAGAUUUGCUCGCUGAGCAAAAUGAGCAAAUUCAGCGAGAACAUGAGGACAGGAAGAAGGCACAGCGCAUGCUGGAGAGGGUCACUGCGCUGAAACUCGAACAAGAGAAUGAAAUCAGAUCCCUGAACAAUAAAAUCAGCCUUGCUCUUUGCCAUGCGGCGUGUGAAACUCAAGUUGCGGAAAAGAAAAAGUUUGAUGAGCUGGAGGAGGAAGAGAGCAAGCGCCUGGAAGCCCGGGUGCAGAUGGAGCGGCAAAAGGUUUAUGACAAGAGGGAUCAAAUGGAAGAGGAUAUCAGGCAACAGAGGAUCAGGGGAAGGCAGGAGAUCUGCAGGCAGAUCGAGGAGCACGAGAGAGAAAGAAUGGUGCUGAGACAGUUGAGAGAAAAAGAAAUGCAGGACAUUCGGGACAGGCAUGCGCAGAUGAUUCAGGAAGACAUCCAGGCAGCAGAGGCGCGGAGGGAGGAGCAGCGGCGUCUAAUUGAGGAGGUCAUUCGCAUUAAUACAGAGGCAGUUCGGAUCAAGAACGAGAAGAAAGAGAAGGAGAGGCAAGACGACAUGAGGAACAUGGAAUAUACCAUAAACAAACUGGAUCGUGAUGCACAAUACGAGGCCGAUCAAAAAAAGAAGAAAAGGGACAAAGAGAUGGAGUUGGCCAAGCUGUGGGCCCUGCAGAAGAAGGCGGGCGACCACCAGGCUGAGAUGGACGCUCAUCAUGCUUGGAGGCACGGAGAAAUCGUGGAUGGGGAAUGGAGGAAAAAACAGAGGGAGUUGGCCCUCAAGAGAGCCAAGCAGGAAGAGAGGCACCAGGCUGAAAUAGCUGAGCAGGAGAAGUUUAAAACCCACAUGAAAGCUCUGCAGGCUGAUAAGGAGAAGCGCGAGUUUGAGAGGCUGCUGAGAGAACAAGAGCACAAAAUCAACAAGGAAAAGAUUGAGAUUGAAAAGAAGCGGCAACAGUUGCAGCAGCACAAUGAGGCGGUCAGGCUGCAGCAGGAAGCUUCCCGGCGCCAAGAACUGGCCAACCGUAAAGAGAAGUUUGAGGAGGCCAUGACAAGGAACGAGGAGCAUGAGAGCCAGUGCCGGCGCAUCGCCGAGUUCAAGGCCAAGAAGCUGAGUGAACUGGAGAAAAUCGGGCUGCCGAAGAAGUACUGCAGUGCCAUGCAGAGGAGGGCUGGGGUCACUGGAGGCCAUCAGUGAGGACCACGGAAGUCUCAGCACUUCAGCAAGAUUCAGGACAUGCCUCAUGCAUUUUGGGCUGGAGUUUGGAUGAAGUCAAGUCGCUCACCUGAAUCCUUGUAUUCCACCCCUGUGAGGAAGAGGCCGUGGGCCGGGGCAGCCAGACCUUGUGGGAACGCUAGAGAGUCACGAGCCUCCAAAAUCUCUUUGAGAUGGGAAAUGGAGAGCCUCCUCUGACCCACGGCAACUAAAGCCCCUGCCAUCCUGCGCACCUGAAGCAGCCGGAUUUCUCACAUCAGCUCACAGUUCAGAGACUGGAUGCUUCAUCAUGUUUUGCACAGAUGCACUUGCAUUUGGUCCUUAAGAACUUGAAGAGCAACGUACCUGCUUGUAGAGAAAAGACCUGCUCCUGAAGGUCAACUCCCAGAAGAGGAUCUCCCUGCAGAGGCACCACAAACACGUCACGGCCAAGUAAGUAGGAAGCAACGAUCACGCACAAGACCUUGGUUACCAUUUGAUUAUUUAUGUCUUAGAGAGAAAAUCUCUGUAAGGACAAAUAAACAGACUCUAAACUCACAGCCCCAGAUGAAGGCCCUCAUGUGAUGUUCUAGUUUAGCACAGUACAUUCUCAAAGAUUCUCCAGGAAUCACAGGGCAUCGCUCUUCACAGCGCUAGAGUUACUGCCACACAAAUGGUCACCCACAGCACCAUAUCCCAGCCCUUUAACUUUCGGUGUGAAUCAUGUCUGAAACAGUGGAAACAUUGAUGACUUUUUAUGAAAGGAUAAAUUAGCAUCCAUCGAGAGGAAAGACAUGCGAACCAGUGCAGCCUGACAAGAACAUGCAUCUCACUUAUAUUGUAUGUUUAAGAUG